GAAGGGCCGUCGCGUGGCAGUGUAUUCGCAAAUAGGGACUUUAUCGCUUUCGACACUUGCUGCCCGCCGUUGUCGAGCGAAAUCCACCAUUUUUCGCCCCUCGAACCACAGACGUGUGCCGUUUUUGCCAUAAUUCGAUAGGAAUCGCUCAUCCCGAAGCAUUCGUCGCCCAUCAUGCCGCCUCCUCCCCAUAUCAAGCCCGAAAAUGUCCUGAAGAGGGCUCAGGAACUUAUCGCCGUGGGCCAGGCCCCCGCCGCCCUUAAUGUCCUUCACGAACAUGUCACCUCCAAGAGGACGCGCAGCAGCCCCAUCGCUUCGCUGGAACCGGUUAUGCUACUUUUCGUCGAGCUGUGCGUGGAUCUUCGCAAGGGAAAGGCCGCCAAGGAUGGAUUGUAUCAAUAUAAGAACAUCGCUCAGAACACCAAUGUGGCCACUAUCGAGGUCGUCCUCAAGAAGUUUAUCGAACUCGCCGAGAAGAAGGUGACCGAAGCCCAAGCCAAGGCCGAUGAGAUCCAGUCCUCGUUGGAAUCGGCCGCCCCCUCGACCAAUGUGGAAGAUUUGGAAGCCAUCGAAACCCCCGAGACCAUCCUUCUCGCCACUGUUUCCGGUGAGCAGUCCCGUGAUCGUACCGACCGUGCUGUCGUGACCCCAUGGCUCAAGUUCCUUUGGGAGACCUACCGGACCGUUCUGGAAAUCUUGAAGAACAAUGCUCGUCUCGAGGUGAUGUACCAGACCACCGCUCUCCAGGCCUUCCAGUUCUGCCUGAAAUACACCCGCAAGACGGAAUUCCGCAGGCUCUGUGAGCUCCUCCGGAACCAUGUGCAGAACGCUGCCAAGUAUUCCGCUCAGAUGCACGCCAUCAACCUGAGCGAUCCCGAUACUCUCCAGCGCCAUUUGGAUACCCGUUUCCAGCAGUUGAAUGUGGCCGUUGAGUUGGAACUCUGGCAGGAGGCUUUCCGCAGCAUUGAGGACAUCCACACCCUUCUGAGCCUCAGCAAGCGCCCGGCCAAGAACGUCAUGAUGGCCAACUACUACGAGAAGCUGGCUCGCAUCUUCCUGGUUAGCGAGAACUAUCUUUUCCACGCCGCUGCCUGGAGCCGCUACUACAACCUCCUCCGCCAGUCCGCUGCCGCCCUCGCCGCCGGUCAGGGUACCAAGAAGGAGAACCCUUCUGUUACUGAUGCCGACAUGACCAAGCGCCUCUUUCGUCCUCCUGUCCGCAAGAACAAGAACACUCGCCUCACCAACCUUCUGGGUAUGGCCCAGUCCCCCACCCGUGCGGUCCUCUUCAAGGAUGCUCUCAACAAGGGACUGCUGAAGCGUGUUCGCCCUGAGAUCCGUGACCUCUACAACAUCCUCGAGGUCGACUUCCACCCCCUGUCCAUCUGCAAGAAGAUCACCCCUAUCCUUAAGCAGAUUGGCGCUGAUCCCGAGAUGGAGAAGUACGUUGUGCCUCUUCAGCAGGUCAUUCUGACCCGUCUCUUCCAGCAGCUGUCUCAGGUUUAUGAGUCGGUUUCGCUGAAGUUCGUGUACGAGCUGGCCCAGUUCCCCGACCCCUUCCAGGUCACCCCCGCCAUGAUCGAGAAGUUCAUCAUGAACGGCUGCAAGAAGGGCGAUCUUGCCAUUCGGGUGGACCACAUCUCGGGUGUUCUUACCUUCGAUACCGACGUCUUCUCGUCUGCUAAGGCCCUGCACUCUGGCAGCGCCGCUGGAUCUGCUGAAAGCGAGAUCGGCUCGGUGCAGCGCAUGCAGAACACUCCUGCUGAAAUCGCCCGCCUGCAGCUCACCCGCCUCGCCAAGACUCUUCAUGUUUCGUGCAUGUAUGUCGAUCCCUCGUACAACGAGGCUCGUCUGCAAGCCAAGCAGGCCGCCCACGCCCGCGCUGCUGCUGGUGCUGCCAAGGAGCAUGAGGAGACCUUGCUCGCCCGUAAGCAGAGAGAGGAGGAGACCCGCAAGCGGAUCCGUACCCAGCAGCUCCAAGAGGCUGAGAAGCAGCGUCUGCUUGAUGAGCAGCGCGAGCGUGAGAAGAAGCGCAUCAAGGAUGAGCAGGAUCGUAUCCGCGAGCAGGAACUCAAGAAGCAAAUUGAGGAGUUGAAGAGCGGAGUGAAGGGCAUUGACCUCAGCGAAGUUGAUCUCAAGGACCUCGAUGCUAACCGCCUUCGUGCGAUGAAGCUCGCCCAGCUCGAGAAGGAGAAGAACGAACUCAACGAUCGUAUUCGCACCACUGGUAAGCGUAUUGACCAUCUGGAGCGUGCUUUCCGUCGCGAGGAGUUGAAACACAUUCCUGCCGACUAUGAGGCACAGAAGAAGCGUGAUAUGGAGCUCUACGAGGCCAUGAAGGCCGAGACCUUGAAGGAGGCUGAGGACAAGCACAAGGAGGCUGUUGCUCUCAAGCACCGUCUCAGCCGUCUGGUACCUGUGUUCAACAACUUCCGCAAGGAUGUCUCUGAGAAGCGUCACGAGGAGUUUGAGAGGCGCCGCAAGGCUGCCGAGAGAGACUUCGAGGCCAAGAAGAAGCAACGUAUCAAGGAAGUGCAGGACCGUAGGCGCCGUGAGAGGGCUGAGCGUGAGGAAGCUGAACGUCGCCAGAAGGAGGAAGAGGAGCGUAUUCAGCGUGAAGAAGAAGAGCGUGCUGCCAAGGAGGAAGAGCGCAGACGUGUUCUGGCUGAGGAGAAGGCGAAGCGCGAAGAGGAGAGAAAGAAACUCGAUGAGAUUGCCCUUAAACAGAAGCAGCGCGAAGAGGAAGCCGAAGCCCGUCUUGCUUCCCGGAAAGCCGGUGUUCCAGCGCCGCCCUCUCGUGCAGAGCCCGAACGUACUGCUCCUCGCCUCAACCUGGCUCCUCGCACUGGUGGCGGACCUAGCUGGAGAGAGCGCCAGGCCGCCAAGGAGGCCACCGGCGGUGCUGCUCCUGAGCCUGCCAAGGAAGAGCCUGCCAAGGAAGAGCCUGCUGCUGCCCAGCCUCCCCGCCGGACCGGUGGCUACGUGCCUCCUCAUCUCCGCUCUGGUUCUUCAACUGCCCCCGCUGCUCCCCCUUCUAACGGCGCUGCACCAAGCCGCUACGUGCCCCCUAGUGCUCGCGAGUCCGGUUCCUCCACUCCCCCCUCUCGUACGCAAACCCCCGCUACUACUUCUGAGGAGCCUAAGAGCGCUGGAAAGUGGGUGCCUCGGUGGAAGCAGCAACAAGGCCAGUAA